UGUAGAAAUUGAUUAAUGUGUUAUGUUUAGAUAUAAACUUAUAUUUAAACAUGUAUGUAGUUAUUAUUUAUUUAAGCAUUCUUUUAUUCAUGUCAAUUUUUGUCCCCCAUAAAAAGAAGCUUAGUCGCCCUGAAGGCCUCAUUCUACUAGAUAUCAAGUUGGAAUUUUAUCAUUUAAAGUAAAUGAAAAAAACACAACAAAAUGCAAUUGAACCACUAACACAGUCACUGUUUAGAUCAAAUUUACUCAUUAGCAUCUGCAGUUCCCAGACUUCCUGACGUGUGCGGCAGGCCAUUAGCAUAAGGGUCAAAGGUCAAGCAGUAUCCAGGAGCUACUUGUCACCCUCAUAUAACCACUGGGAUGUUAAUGUCUCUCCACAGUGGGGCAAACAGUCACCACUGUAAAAACCCACCGUCACCUCUGACCCCUCUUCCCUCUCAAGUCGCCGGCCUUUUCCCGCUAUUGAUCCUUCAGAUUCCUCUGACGUUGAGGGUAAGUGUGACAAUCCUCUUCCAGAUAAAGGCAUUUGGGGAGUCACUGCCUGCGGCUCGGGGCCAGCGAGAGGGCCGCUCCAUUAUUAAAGUCAUUGGUGUGCGGUUCAAAGGUUAGAAACCAUUUUCGUCCGUACAGAGAGGCAGGCGGAGGGGUCAACGGGAUAAAUGCAGGAACUCGGUGUCGUUGACACAUAAAGGAGGCUGCAGAUACAAUGGAAGUGCUCACAGUGCUGCUUUUGCUCCUCGCAGUUUCUGGGUACACACAAGUGGUGCAACCUGGACAGGUAGCUGGCCAGGAAGCAGGGAUGGAGAGGGACCGUCGGUUUGAGCUGAGGAAUGUUUCAAUGCCAGUGGAAGAGAAAGAAAGUGAGGGAAGGAAAUCGGAGCAGGAAUCAAGGAGUGAGGGAUUGACCCCCGAGACCAAUCCAGGAAAGAAGAGGACGGCUUUGGACGCAUUUUUCAAGAUGUUGAGAGAAGAAACGAAAAGAGAAGACAUUCGUGUAGCUGACAUAGUGACAGAUUUAGAUGCAGAUAAAGAAGUGGAGAGGAGAGAAGAGGGAGACCGUGUGGUUACAAAACCCGAGAAACGGAAAACAAUCCCGACAGGAACGAUGAAAGCAGUCAUGAAUCAAACUGCUUCGAUUGAAGACAGAAUAGAUGCACUGAAGCAUAAAAAAGUGGAAGAGGAAAGACAGAGCAGGUUGGUUGCAGGGAUUAUUCUUCACCAAUCAACUAAAGGGGUUAAGAGUUUGACUGUGAAUCAAGAAAAGGCGGACGAGAAAAGAGUAUUUAAAGAGAAUGAAGAUCACACAGUAGUUAGCGAUCUCACACCUCUUUUAAGCACAUCCUCCACUCAGUUGGGUAUCACUCACUCUCCAAAUCCCCCAGGUUCUCCUCCUCCUGUUCAUCGCCAUAAUGUCCCUCAAUCACAAUUCUCUUCUUUCGCUCCCUCCCACGCCAAAGUUAGUCCUCCCUCUUUCCCUCCACCUGUCACCUCGCCCAAUGCCAUCACCAUCGAUCGCAUCCCAGUCACGACGGGGCUUCCUGGUGAGAUGCAUGGACUGAGAGCCAAAGCCGACCCGCCUUUGGAGAAAGACUUGGUCCAAACGGGGUUGUUUGAGUCGGCAAGGCGGGAGCUACAAACCCCCGUCGUUCGACCGCAGUAUAUGACGGCAUAUAUCCCCGCGGAGGAAGUGGUAAUGCCAAAACCCGAAGAAGCAACGCUUAGAACCAAAGAGGCAAAUCCUAUGCAGACGUCAAAUAAAAGUAGUACCGCUCUGGAGCUGGAACCAGACACGACUCAGCCCGAAACGGUCGAGCUGAUGGAAAUCGACAGGAAAACAGGGAGGCGAAACAAAGCAUCUCAUCUUCAGCCACAACUAAGCAAACCCUCAGCCAGACCGCGGCAGACGACUGCCAAAACCCCUCCAAUGAGGCCAACAAAACUCAACGAAAGCGGUCAAAAGAAGCCCAAUGAAAAGCCCAAGAAAAGGAAAAAGGACAACAAAACACAAAAGCCCUGGGAGAAGAAAAAGGUCAUCAGGCCAACGCACUUUCCUUACUUUAAGGACAACUACUGUCCUCGUGACUGCGCCUGCUUUGGAAGAGUGGUCCAGUGCUCAGACAAAGCCGUGGACAAGAUUCCUUACGGCAUUCCCUACAACGCCCGCUACAUCCUCCUCAUGAACAACCACAUCGACGGCAUCCAGCUGGACCUCCUCAAAGAAUACGUCUCCAUGGAGUUCCUGGUGCUGAGCAACAAUCGUCUCACGGUAGGUACCGUCGAGGGGGCCUUCGAGGGGGUCCCGGCUCUGAAGCGCCUCUACCUGGAUAGGAACCUCCUGGACGCCGUGCCGACUGACCUCCCAGCUUCCCUGGAGGAGCUCCGUCUGGACAGCAACCGUGUGAGCGUGAUGUCCGAGGCCGCCUGGGCCCGCUGCCCCGGCCUCCUGGUCCUGAGCCUGAGCAACAACAGCCUGGGCAACGGAUCUGAGUCUCUUCCCGAGGCAGUGCUCGCUCCUUUGUACAACCUGCGCACUCUGAGCCUGGACCACAACCAGUUGACCUCGGUGCCUCUGGGCUUGCCCCUGUCCAUCAUGGAGCUGUACCUCAAAGGGAACCUCAUCGAGGACUUCCGCGGAGGAGCCUUCAACGGGAUAUCAGCGCUGGUGGUGUUAGAUCUGAGUAAAAACAGGCUGACGAGCGGGGGCCUUCUCAGGGAGUCCCUGGUCAAUGCGACUCGCUUGGAAAGCCUCAACUUAGAGGGGAACAGACUGAAAAAAGUGCCACGACAUCUUCCCCACUCACUGAAAACUCUAAAUCUGGAAGGCAAUCUCAUAUCUUCCGUCAAAAAAGCGUCUUUUGGCACCUUGAAAAACCUCGAGCACUUGGGUUUGGCGAGAAACAAAAUCUUCAAAGUGGCCCCGGGGGCAUUCCGGACAUUGCCUGUUCUGCACCAGCUGGACCUGUGCCACAACAGCUUGCGCCACGUGCCCAGACAGCUGCCGGAGGCCCUGCGCUCGGUAGCACUCAACCACAACAGGAUCAAAUCGGUGCCUCGGGAUGCUUUCUGCUGGGGCAGCAAAAGCGCGAGCCUCAGCGGGCUUGUGCGGGUGCAGUUGGAACACAAUCUAAUCGACUUGGGCAAGUUGGAUGCACGGGCUUUCAGGUGCUUACGGGGAUUCCAGGUGGUGCACUUCUACUGAAACCGGCAAAAGACACAAACGAUCCUGCUGCUGGUUUGCCUGAUGAUGUCAUAAUAAUGUGAUUGUGUUAUGUGAAUAAUUGCAGAUAAGCUUCCGAAACUUUUAUUGUUUUGUUGCCGUGGUUACAGUAGGAGAUCGGGCUCCCACUUAUAAACUUAUAAACAGGCAAAAUAAUUGACAUGCGAGUGUCUGAAGCAGUUGUGGGAAAUCUGUAACUCGUUGUAAGUUGGACUGUAGAAAGUUAAUAGAAUGUGCACCUACCACUGUUUCCUCCGCCUAGGUUUAUAUUUGUAUUAUUUAUGUAUGAGCUCAGUGAUUGCAGUCACGCCAUAAAAUCUACAUGUGACAUUGUCAACUUGAAUAAUGUUCUCUCUACUUGUGCAUGUUUGUAACAUGGCAGGACAACUAACAUCUGAAUCAUCUGAGUGGCACGGUUCUCUUUCUGAGCUUUUCCUGUGAAUAUAAAUAAUAAAG